AGUUUAAAUAGAAAGAAGAAGCAAGCAAACCCCAUCAUCACACAUUCACACUCCAACUCAUAAACAAAACCAAAUUUCUCAAAAUCAUGGCUACAAAACUUGUCCUACCACUACUCCUCCUACAAAUUUUAGCCUUAAUCCAAUUCACUCAUGCUGGUGGAAUAGCAAUCUACUGGGGCCAAAACGUUAACGAAGGAACCUUAGCUCAAACUUGCGCCACAGGAAGAUAUUCCUACGUAAUCAUAGCAUUUCUAAACAAGUUUGGCAAUGGCCAAACCCCUCAGAUCAACCUCUCCGGUCACUGCAACCCGACCCGAUGCGCCAUUGCUAGCCAAGGCAUAAGAAGUUGUCAAAGCAAAGGGAUCAAAGUAAUGCUCUCUCUCGGAGGUGGUCUAGGAACAUACUCUCUUUCAUCUCCUGCUGAUGCAAAGAACGUAGCUGAUUACUUGUGGAACAAUUUCUUGGGUGGUACGUCAACUUCUCGCCCCUUAGGCGAUGCGGUUUUGGACGGUAUUGAUUUCGACAUUGAACUCGGUUCAACCAAGUAUUGGGAAGAUUUAGCCACAAACUUAAAGGGUUAUAGCAGAGUAGGAAGACCAGUUUACUUAAGUGCAGCUCCUCAGUGUCCAUAUCCUGAUCAUUUUCUUGGAAAUGCUCUUAACACUGGGCUUUUUGACUAUGUUUGGAUUCAGUUUUACAAUAAUCCUUCUUGUCAAUACUCGAGUUCUGGUAAUGUUAAUACUCUUUUGAGUUCGUGGAAUGGAUGGAGUAAUUCGAUUAAGGGUGGGAAGAUUUUCUUGGGCUUGCCUGCAUCACCUGCAGCAGCCUCCACCGGAACAGGGUACAUCCCACCUAAUGUUGUUACUUCUCAAAUUCUUCCUGUGAUAAAGAAUUCGGCUAACUAUGGAGGUGUAAUGCUGUGGUCCAAGUAUUAUGAUGACAAAAAUGGCUACAGUUCAAGUAUCUUUCAAAGUGUUUGAUUUUGUGGGUCUAUUUUACUCUGUAGUGUAAGUUAUGUAUUUCCUUAUUUAACUUUGGGGUUGGUUCAAGCCAUUGGGAUUAAGAUAAUGUGAUGUCAUUGUUUUCAACCAAGUGGUAUAUAUUAUUAUUAUUAAUAAUAAGAACAAAAUAAUGUCGAACUUGAUUGACGAA